AUGGACGGGAUCAGUGCUUUAGCCAGCAUUGUAAACAUCGUCGACUUUGGGGCCAAGUUGGCGCAACUAAUUUCGCGGCUACAUGACACUCCAAGGUUUCUUCGCAGCCUGAAUGAUUCCGUCCAGAGUCUAAGGUCCGUCUUGCUACUGAUCCAGGAAGAGUUUAGAAAACCGGAUAUCACAUCUUCAGACCAACAGCACGCGCAAGUCAUUCAGAGUAUCACAGAAGAAUGCAACAAGCUUAUCGCAGAGCUUCGCGAACGAUUGCCUGUGAUAAAUGUUGGCGACGACACCUUGCGCAGAUUGCGGGUCGCAUGGGAGGGGUUCAACGCGGAUCGGGAAUUCCGAGAAAAGGAUACUGAAAUUCGAAAGUAUGCGUUCAUGUUGCAGAUCAGUCUCUCUGCGUUAACCUCGAGAAGAGCGUCUAGGAUAGAAGCUGGCCUUGGUGCAUUGCAAGAGAAGAUUGACCAGGUUGUCAACGCCCCACCGUAUCCUGGUGAAAUCGACGACGACAAGAUGAGUCAAAACGUACAGGCAUGGCGGAGUAGCCUGUCUCCGUACUUGACCAGCAACGAUUCAGUUGGCGGAGGCCAGCAAUCUGAAGAGCGCUUCAUAUCGGACGAGAUUGACGAGGAACUUGAGAGCAAAAACCGAGAGCUAUCAAGAUCAUUCGAGUCCAGAGGCAUGUUUCUCCAGGCAGCCCGAGCUUUGGAAAGGAUUAUUGAGCGCCGCCGUGCCCAAGUGGACAUUCAGUUUGAGGAAGAGGUUCGGGCUCUGGAAGAGAGUCGUGCAGAUCUUCUUUCGAGAUGUUUCACCAUGGAACGUCACCAAGAAGCUCUGGACAUCUUUGGAUAUCUCCUACGGCAAGCGACAAGCGGACCAAGAUCUGAUGCUUCCGAUGAGCGGAAAGCACGUCUUCAAUUGAAGAUGGCCUUUCUGUAUCAAAAUGAAGAUGGACUUGGGAAAAGGCACAAUCCAGAUGAGGCCAGGAAACUCUUGACGCAGGCCGUCGACGUUUUUUACAACGUAAGCCCGCUUCCUAAGGAGGCUCUCCUAAGAGCAGGAACAGCUUUGAUUGAUAUGCUGCGAGCGAGGGAGGAACACGACAUUGCAGAGUCGUACCAGAGACGUAUCCUUGGGAAAGUCCGUUUGUUCCACUCAGACAUUGCCUACGAGGUCAAUUGGGACAACUAUCGAAACGUCAGCAACGAAAGUGUCCUAGGCUGGUGCGCAAGUCAAGGGUUCGAUGCUUUUAGUCGUCAUUUUCGAUUCGACAUUGUGCAAUCUAGAGCUGUGAUGGGUGAAGAACCAAGAAACAGUAGCACCUCCCCCCUUCACCUUGCGGUGCAACAAAAGAAAGAAGAUAUGGUUCAGGCAAUGCUGGUUGAAGUGGAAAAUGUGGAUGUAUUGGAUAACGACUAUAUGUCGCCACUGAUGCUGGCUGCGCGUUCAAGAAGGAGUGAUAUUGCGAACAUUUUGCUGGAGUAUGAAGCAUCUACUGCGAUGAAGCGAGACGGCCAAACAGUGCUUCAUUUUUGCCAAGAAGGGGACCGACAUAACGGCAGAGGAGUUGCGGUGCUGUUUCUUGACCAUGAUCAGAGCCUGACAAACCAGCAAAAUAAGCAGGGGAGGACAGCACUUCACUUGGCUAGUGCCAAGGGCCACAAGAGGAUGACCGAGCUUCUACUCUCCCGAAAUGCAGCCCUUAAUAUCCAGGAUGAGUAUGGCAAAACUGCUCUUCAACUUGCAGUAGAAAAUGCCGUCCUGCGCAGCCCCAGACAUGGCUCAACGGCAAGCAGACCCUCGGUAAGCAGUGGGACGACAACAUCCAGCGGACCAAGACCAGGCGUGAUCGAGUCUUUACUGUCGAGUGGAGCAGAUGUUACAAUAUCCGACAACGUUGAGAACACGCCAUUGCACACUGCCUGUACUAGGGGUAAUGUGGAGGCUGUCAGAAUGAUACUCUCUCAUGCGAGGAUGUCGCGUACCGAUAGUUCUGUGAACAAAGCUGGACCACGCGGUCAAACGCCGGUUAUUGCAGCCACCUUGAAUGGGUAUAGGGACAUAGUCAGGGACCUGAUCGAUGGUGGAGCCAAUCCAGAACACCAAGAUGAUACAGGUCGGUCCGCUAGAGACUAUGCGAAGCGGGAAGGCGUCCAUAGACACGAGAUGAUGGUUGCGCUCCAGGGGACACCGACGAGAGAGCUGCGAAGACUCAGUCACAAUUAA